UCAUGUCAUAUGACCACCUCAAAUCACCUGUGAGAAGUUGCAAACACAGCUAGAACAUUUCUCAUAGUGGAGCAUAUUUUAUUGGUUAAAGGAAGCGUUUGCCGUCAACAGGCACCACAAACUGCACAGAUGAGGUAUCUAUUGUAUUGGUUGUUGAAAGUAACAUUCUACUAACGCCUUGCUCGUGGGUAAGUCACCUGGAGACAUGAGUAUCAAUGGAGAAGGCACCACCGUCCAUUCUGACAAUUGGGCCGCCGCGGAGGACAUGGGCUGCGAGACCAACCCUCUCCUGGGAAAUAGAGCAGAGGAGCCAAGGGCUAAAGGGGCCUCCUUUACCUCCUCGGUCUUCAACCUGAUGAAUGCCAUCAUGGGCAGUGGCAUCCUGGGCCUGGCCUAUGCUAUGGCCAACACAGGCAUAGUGGGCUUUUGUAUCCUUUUGCUGCUAGUGUCCAGUCUGGCAGCUUACUCUAUACACCUCCUACUGAAGCUGUGUGAUCAAACAGGUAUCACCUCAUAUGAAGACCUAGGAGGCAGAGCCUUGCAGAAGCCAGGCAAAGUUCUUGUUGGAGUCACUAUUCUCAUCCAAAACAUUGGAGCCAUGUCGUCAUACAUGUUCAUCUUGAAAACAGAGCUUCCUGCAGCCAUCGCCAGCUUCCUGAGGCCAGAGACCUCUGGGGGGGCCUGGUAUGAAGAUGGCAAAACGUUGCUGAUUCUGAUGACGGUGUGUGUGGUUCUACCUCUGGCUCUGCUGCCCAAGAUUGGUUUCUUGGGCUACACCAGUAGCCUUGCAUUCCUCUUCAUUCUCUUCUUUACAGUUGUGGUUGUGGUCAAGAAGUCGGCCAUCCCUUGCCCCCUCCCAAGCAAUGUGACCCUGAGCAUCAACCAGGUAUCCAAUUCCUCGGAAUCGGAAUGUACGCCCAAACUCUUUGUCAUCUCCAGUAAGAGUGCUUACACCAUCCCCACCCUGGCUUUCUCCUUCCUCUGCCACACUGCCGUGUUGCCCAUCUACAGUGAGAUGGACCGGCCCAGUAAGAAGAGGAUGCAGAAUGUGACCAAUGUUAGCAUCUCUCUGAGCUUCCUGCUCUACCUGAUCUCUGCUUUGUUUGGCUACCUCACCUUCUACAGCCACGUGGACUCGGAGCUCUUGCUAAGCUACGACACGUACCUGCCGCGUGAUGUCUUGGUGAUGGCUGUGCGUCUGGCCAUCCUGCUGGCUGUGCUGCUUACUGUACCCCUCAUCCAUUUCCCUGCCCGGAAGGCAAUGUCAGUGCUGUUUUGUGGAGAUAGGCCUCUCUCCUGGGUGUAUCAUAUCUUCUCUACUCUCCUGAUCCUGACUGUGGUGAUGCUGCUGGCCAUCCUUGUCCCUGACAUCAGGAAUGUGUUUGGGGUUGUGGGCUCGACCACGUCGACCUGCCUGUUGUUUGUGUUCCCGGGUAUCUUCUACCUCCGGCUCAGCAACCAGCCGCUCAAGUCUCUGGAGUCUGUCGGGGCUGUAUGUCUGCUGAUCUUCGGCCUGUUUGUGGGACUGCUCAGUCUGUGUGUCAUCGUGGUCACCUGGGCACAGAACCCCUGAACAGGACCACAGAACUAGACCACCCACAGCUCUGCUCCAUAGAGCCUAAAGGGAGAAUUAUGCCAAAGAAAUACUAUUAGGCAGCACAACAGAACUCUAUGACCACAAAAGACUGUAUGACCGCAACACAGGUCAGUGGCAUGACCACAAGAUCACUGCAACACUUCACCCAGACUCUGAAAGCAUUCGACUGCCCAACACCCCCAUACAAUCAGUGCUGCUCUUGUGCUUUUAUGUAACUGUACCUUUUAGCUAUAGUGCUUCUAAAGCUUCAGUUGCCUUUUUUAGUUAUGGACAAUGUGUACACUUGACAAUACAUCUUGAAUGUGGGAUGACGUAUUCUUGAAUGUGGGAUGACGUAUUAGUAUCGGAGUCGGUGAAGUUAUUCUAUUCAUACUGUUAUUUUUUAACUCAUUAUUGACAAGAUUAAGAAAUCGUUCAUAACACUUUAGAGCCAAGCUCUUUUAUUGGGGCUGACCAUGUUGAAGACCGACCAAUUACCAGACAAGAGGCGUCAUGCUCAUAGGGGGCACAAGGGCAUGUGCCCCCUCAGAUUUGUCAAUUUUCAGAUGUUAAGUUAAUGACAACUUCAUUUUUAAGCCCAUGUUUUAUCUUAAUUUUUAAAAAGAUCUGUCAGCAGUAUUUGACAGAGGGGGCAAACUGAGUGGACUAGUAAGUGGUUCCUUCCAAGGUGAACCAUGGAGCAAAGUAUAGAGCCAGUGAUGGAUAGGACUUGCAGGUGGUAUGUUAAUAAAUUAAUUUGACAAGCUA